CACCCACACACCACCUCGGGUGCACAGCGUCUUGCUGGCUCAUCUUUUCACAACACAAGACGUUCAUUCUUCCAAUUUCAUUGACACAACACAAACAACUCUUUCCAAUUUCCAACACUGGAAUAAUGGAUUAUAUUGAUUGUUAGGACGUACUGUGAUUCUCUAUUUUUCUUAUCACGCAAUAAGCUGCUGGUAUUACUUUGAGAGAAUUGUUAUCGUGCCUUGCAAGCGCUUUUUUGUGCACUAAUUUCUUUCGAUAGGUCAUCAGUUCCUUAUGGUAAGUCGAGGAUAGUACUCGAUAUGGUGGGUAGAAAAAAAAAAGCCCUUCAGGGAAAGGGACCUGUUCAUAAAAAUGUGCAGAAGGAAGCUCAAGAAGCUCAAAAGGCUCAAAAGGCCCAAAAGGCUCAAAAGAGUCGAUCGGCUCGAGCUGGUAAGGAAGAGCGUCGUGCCAAAAAAUUGGAACGCCGGAAGAAAGAGAAGAAAUCAUAUACUGCACAAGAUUGGGCAGAACCUGCCCCAGAUCAUUUGAUUGCAAAGUUAGAUCUUCCUAAGCAUAGUUCUAAGUAUCAGUCGUAUUUCGAAUUUGCGGAGAAUAAGGAAAAGAAGAAGAAGCUGGAGUUUCAGGUAUUUAGAUUUGCGACGUGUCUUUGCCAUAUUGACUUAUGGUUAGGUCACCAAUGAUCCCAAUCCUCCACCAGGGUUUGCCUACGUACCUAUCGGGGAUCCGACUUUGACGAAUGCUUGUAAAGAACUAUCGCGAGAACAAAAUGCUAUGAUCUUUAUUGUUUCGGUAAGGUUGACUGACAGGUCUGUCCGUACCAAAUGCAAGGCUACCCAUACUGACUUCAUACUUUACGCAGCGCUCGAAAGAAGACAACUCGAAGAUUUCAGAGCAUAUUUUUCGAACCGGAUAUCAUUUUCGAGAAGUCAUCGUGGAUGAAGCACGUAAAAUUGUCGGCGACACUGUUAUUUCUAACCCUACUCAUGGUUCGAUUGAACCAAUACCAGAAUCACAAGAAGAAAUAAACAAACAAGCUGACGAUGCGAUACGAGAUCUUUUCCCAAGAAUCCCCAACACUGAUCGACAACGAAUUAUCGAGCAUGCUUUCCAAAAGGGUGUGAAAUUUCAUGGAGAGCCUACGGUCGGCCUCCAGGCCGAUCUUCCUUUGGCACGUCGAGUCCAACUUGCUGUUCUUGCCCACAUUCGUCAUACACACACAAGAUAUGAUAAGUUACUCAGGGAAACUAGUUGGAUAAAUGCACGAAAGGUAGUUGAACCUGUAUGUUUAGACGUCCUUGUGAAAUGGCGAGGAGAUGAGGAAACUGGCCGCGACCAAAUGGACGAGAUCUUACGAGAAGUUGUCAUUAUUACCGAUUCGGACGAUGAAGACGAGGACGACUCCGAUGAAGACGAUGAUUCGGAAGACGACGAGGAAGAGGACGAGACAUUCGCCGAUCCCGUCACCUUAGUCAACCAAAAGGACUCACAAAGGCGGCAACCUUUGGGAGUUGAGCAAAAUUCACAUGGGAAUGUUGCUGGCCCCUCGGACCCCAUUUCUUCUCACACAAGGUCUCGAACAAGGCUAAAGGAGGCAGCAAGGAAAUCCCAGCCCCGCUUCAAGCGAUAUCAAGCUGCUUGGGAUGAGGCUCUGAAUCGCCGUCAAAAUAUCGCCCACGAACCUAAUGGGCCAGGUAACCAAGGAUAUGAGGCAAGUUUGAGACCUACUCACCGUAAUGGCUCACCACAUUACCAAGAAAUACCUCGACAGCAGGGGCCAGAGUACCUCUAUCGUGAUGCAGAAUCUCGGCAUAGCAUCCCACCUGAACGACAAGUACGUCCAGCUUUGACGAAAGAGAGAGACAAAUUUCACGGCUAACAUUUAUAGAUUCGUCAUUACUACCCACAGGAAAGGCCAUCUUCAAGGACAUUGAUUCGCAGAGAUGAUGUAACAGUAAGACCCUUGCAUGAUCGCCCAGCCUUCUAUCCUCCACAGUUUAACACUGCACCACAAGUGAGCAGAGAGCCAAGGCCUCAAGUAGUAGUCGGUGCCUCCUCAACAAGAUCUGGAUUUCAAGACAUGCUUGCUUUAUCCAUUGAAACACAAAAUGAUAGUAUGAACAUUUCAUCUCGUUUGGAUCGAAAUGUUGUUGGCGAUUUAAAUGACCACCAAACGUCAUAUCCACGACGCGUGGCUGAAAGGGAUAGAAUUUCACCUAGGCUCCGAGAAGUCAUUGUUCUUGAUGAUGAUGAUGAUGAUAAUUCUUAUUCUAAACGCCGUCGUGUGAUUGAGGAUGGUCAUGGACGAUUUAGGCCUUAUCCCUCCCGGGAACAGCAUGGCCAUACCACCCCAAUUUUCCAUCCCAGGGAAGCUGAUCGUCGUCCCAUUGCAUUGCCCAGAUAUACUGAAGGUUUGUCAACAAAUGUGCCAUUAGCAUCUCCACGACCUGUGCUUGCAGAGAGACUGCCUAUUUAUGAUGUGCCUGACCCCAGACCACAUGAAAUGCAUCCGAAUCCAUCCAGGCGAGAAGAUGAGAGGCCCUUUUACCAGCAGCCCGUAUCGCAUUCGGCGCGAGAAAUAGCUGCACCACGUCCCUAUUUGACAAAUUUUGAUGAGACUUACAAUCCACAACGAGUGGCUAGUGAUAACAUGAGAAUGGUUGAGCGUGAUCGGUUUGUACGACGAGAACAGAUUGAAUCAGGUCAGAGAUAUUACUUUCAAAGACCAGCGUCACCUGAUCCACAUGGUUCCAGAAGAUUUUCUCAUUUACAAAAUGUGGAUGGUUCUGCGGACCAAGCUUACAUUCAACGUUUCUCUCAAUCUGGGCUUGAACCUUCCAUUCCUCGACCACAAGAUGGUCCCGUUUCUUAUCAGAGAUUCCCUUAUCAUCAAGGCGGCGAGCCAGGUCAAGCAGCUAGGUCGUUUACAGUCAUGCGCCCUGUUCAAGCAAGAUCUCCAGUAUAUUUAGAUAGACCAGAGUGAGUAGGAUUGAAGGAUAAAUGGAUGACGUAGAAAUCACUGACUUUCUUGACCUUAGAAUAUCUGGCGAAAGAUCUGGCCUACAAGUACACUACGAGAGACGUGAUCCGUACACUACUGAGCGAAAUAUGCCACACCAUCCCAUGCGAGUUUCGGUACCGCGUGAGGCUAAUGCUCCGACAUUUACACGAGUUAUACAACCCAGGCGUCAAGUUAUUGUUUUAGAGUGAUCUUACGAGAGAUGGGACGUAUCGGGGUAGAGGCAGUCGAGCUUUUGAGACUUCAACCAAUUGUUUUCGUUUAACUCCGUUAGUUUUGCUUUGAAGAACUGGCGCAACGCUCGAGCCGUUCAUCGUUGGAUUAUUUGGUAUCUGGAAGAUGGAAGGGCCAUAUGAUGUUACUAUUUUGCAUUGUCGGUUAUAUGGAUAUGCAUAAGCGUGGAGUGGGAUUUACAUCAAGGAUUCAACUACUUGCAUUGGACGGCGUUACCAGUGGCAGAUAGAAGGUCUGCUUAUGGACUUGUUGGCAAUACUGAUUCAUUUUAGGAAAAUCUAUUGUAAUCGGCAUCAUAAUGUAUAUA